GUCACGAGACACUACAAAACAAACCACCAACCCUCCACCAUUUUUUUCUGAGUUUUUCUGAAAUCUAACACUGACACCUCUCACUAGUUGUCUCUGUUCAUCCUAUAAAUCAGAACCUUUAAGCAAAACCAAGCUUCACAAACUUUAAUAAAUCUCAUAUCUUUUUUUGUUCUUGUGUUGCCAAAAAAUGGUUUCAACCCAGUCACUCAAGUGUGCUCUUUUCUUUUGUUAUUUUACCUUUGCCUUCAACUUGUUCACCAUUCCUGUCUCUGCCCUCAACAUAGGAGCUGAAACCACCGGAGUGGCUGUCUCUGUGAGCAAAGAGUGUAGCAGACAGUGUGAGUCAAGUUUCUGCUCAGUGCCUCCGUUACUGAGAUAUGGCAAGUACUGUGGACUUCUGUAUAGUGGAUGUCCUGGUGAAAAGCCUUGUGAUGGUCUUGAUGCUUGUUGUAUGAAGCAUGAUCAAUGUGUGCAAGCCAAAAACAAUGACUACCUAAGCCAAGAGUGCAGCCAAACAUUCCUAAACUGUAUGACUAAAUUUAGGAACUCAGGGGCAACUACAUUCAAGGGAAACACGUGCGAUGUGGGUGAUGUCGUUGAAGUUAUACAUGCUGUGAUGGAAGCUGCUUUAUUAGCUGGAAGAGUUCUCCACAAGCCUUAGAGAGUAAUGUUGUCUGUCUGUGAAGGUAAGUCUCAAGAAAGGAGAUAUUUUCUGAUUCUUCCUAUUGUUUUUAGUGAUUCUCUUACCAAAUUAGUCAAACUCCAAUGCGUUAUUUAUUCAUAAGCAAUGCUAA